AUCGGUUCCUUUUAUAUAUUUGAUCUUUCUUCGGGAUGUCGGAGUGACCAUGGCAGCGCAAGUGGCAUCAGCCCCGGCGACGUCUAAUAACAAGACCAAGACUUUAUCAGGGGCUUUGGGACAAGAUAUUAACCCUGGAAAAAGAGCAGGAGGACUAGGAGACGUGAGGAGCCCGAGUAAUAAUAACAACACCACCACCAAUAAUAAUGUGGAUCGACCUCGCACCGACAAUCAACGAUCCGGGGCAAGAGACAAUGUCAUCGGAUCCAAUUCUGAUCAGCACAUGCUGAGAAAAAGCGCUGAAGAUCAGCCCUGCAGCAGGUACGAGCAGAUCAGCCUGGCACCGACUCCCCAUGCCACCCAUGCCCAGGGCGCAGGAGGUGCAGGAGGGGGCGUCGGAAAAACACCGGGCUCAGACUUCAAUCACUAUUAUGGAAGUUCAAGAUCGUACUUCGAUCAGCAUGGCACUUUAAUGUACCCGGCCAGUAAUCAUGUCGAAGCUGCUCCAAAUUCCCACGAAGGGCAUCAAAAGAGCCAGUACGGGUACUCGGGUUACGGGAGCGCAGGAUACACUAACCCGAGCCCCGGUCAGAACAAAUGCGCACCGACUGCGUCCGCCAACAGCGCUGGAGGUUUUGCGCGCUUCCCGGGACACAAUCAGCAUCCCUCAGGCUCAACACCCACCCUCAACCAGCUUCUCACCUCCCCCGGUCCUAUGAUGAGAUACUACGAGUACAGCGGCUCCAAAGAUCCUGGUCAGCAGUACGGUGGUACAGGACAUGGCUGGCCGGGACAGAGAGCGCAUCCCGGGCCAAACAGCGCACAGAGUGCCAACCGAAACCAGGUGGGUUCCAUGGACUUCAUGGGAAUGAAGCGCUCGCAGAUAUACGGAAUGAGCAGCAGUCCGUACUCUCAGCAGCAGCAGGGCGUUGCUUACCCGGGCCAGCCUUAUGGAUCUCCUUCUACACACAGAUACCCAAUGAGCAUGCAGGGCAGAGGACAAAUGAGCAUGGGUACAAUGCCAUAUCCUCAACAACAGGUCCCUGCUCAUUUUAACCAGCAGGGUAUGGGAGGAUACGGUCCUCAGACUCAGUCUGGGUACUACAGCCAGUCCCAGCAGCCACAGCAGCAACAGCAGCAGCAGCAGCAGGUUGUGACUCCUACCCAGGCUCCUUAUUCUCAGCCCCACACUGCUGCACAGCAGGAAACACAGGAGAGCUACGGAAACAGAACCCAGCCUGCUGGGAAUGCUGGGAAACCCAACCACGAUGAGAUGGGCUUGAUCCAGCAGAACCGACCUGCCAGCCUGCCGGACCUGUCAGGCUCCAUUGAUGACCUACCCAUGGGAACGGAGGCAGCGCUCAGCUCAGCAGUCAGUGCACCGGGUUCCUCCAGCAGUCAGGAGGACCAAAGUAAUCAGAACCAGUCUCCAUUCUCACCUCACACCUCUCCUCAUGUUUCCAAUAUGCGCACUGGUCCAUCACCUCCACCCACAGCCUCCCCCAGUCCUGCCAGCUCCAACCAGAUUUCCCCCACUAACGGCCCAGGGUCUCAGCUGGCACCACAGACCCCUGGGAACAUAUCAGACUCCAGCUCUCACUCCAGCUUGAAUCAGGAUAGAGGAUUUAUACGGAGGAGCCAGAAUCAGUAUGGUCCUCAGCAGUCUGGACCGCCCAUGUCUCCUCACCUUUCCUCUCGAAACCAGAUGCAGCAGGGCAUGAGUGUGUAUCAGCAGAACAACUCUACUGGCUCCUACGGACCUCCUGGUGGUCAAUAUGGUCCUCAAGGUAACUACUCGAGACUUCCUGCCUACGGAGUGAUGAACAGCACUAACUGCAGUGGUUUGGGGCCUGGAAUGAACAACAGCUUAGCCAUAAACAUUAGCAGCCCUGUACAUGGGCAGGGACCGGGGCAGUCAGUGUCCAUGGGACGCCUUCAAGGAGCUGGUGGUCGAGUCUACACGGGUGGUGGGAACAGCAUGGCUCCCACUUCUCCCAGCAUGCCUCAGUCUGCUGGUCCAGGAAUGGGGCCCCCUGCAGGAAAUGUGAACCGUAAAGCUCAAGAUGGUGCAAUACAGCUGACAGGAAGCUCUGUCCUGGGGAGGCAGGGUGGUUACUGUGGAAUGAUGGGCACCAGCACUUCCUACAGCCAGUCAGUGGGAAAUGCCACCAUGAUAAUGUCACCACAGAGCUCCAGCUCCAACACAUCACCUCCAGGCUUGAUGGGAGACAGUGGAGACAUCCUGCUGCCUUCAGACUCUAAGCAAACAUCUAGCAGUAAAGAGGAAGUACUUUCUGCUUCUGAUCCUCCUAAACCCAUAAAGGAUGGUUCCAGCUCUCAGUGUGGUUCGGAGCCCCCUACUCCCUCAGCUCUGACCCCCAGUCCUGCCAGCCUCUCCUCUUACCACGGGGAUGACAGUGACAGCCUUAGCAGUCCACCAUGGCCCAAAACUCCCUCCAGUCCUAAGACCAUGAAUGAGAAGAUCCCUCGGCUCUAUGAGAUGGGAGGCGAGCCAGAGAGAAAGAACUGGGUGGAUCGUUACCUGUCCUUCAUGGAGGACAGAGGGACGCCUGUUCCUCACCUUCCCAUUGUCGGCAAGAAGGUGUUGGAUCUAUGCAAGUUCUACAUGGCUGUCAAGGAGCUGGGGGGCUUGGCCAUGGUGAACAAGAAUAAGAAGUGGCGUGAGCUCUCCUCCAUGCUGGGUUUCGGCUCCUCCAGCAGCUCCGCUAGUUCUUUAAAGAAACACUACAUCCAGUUCCUGUUCACCUAUGAGUGUAAGGUGGAGAGAGGAGAGGAACCACCAGUCAACCCCUGCCCUGCUGCCGACACCAAGAAACAAAGCAAGAUUGAACCUCCUUCUCCUGCCAACUCAGGCUCUCUGCAGGGCCCUCAGACACCUCAGUCAACAGGAAGCAGCUCCAUGCCUGAGAUGCCCUGUGAGCUGAAACCACCCACACCAGCCACCACACCACAAGGACACAUCAACAAUGUGCAGAGCAACAGCAAUAAUUCAAUAAGUGUUCAGGACCCGUUCUCAGAUGGCAUUGAUCCGGCCUUCCAGAAGAGGAACAUGCUGAACUCUGGAGGCCCUUAUCAAUCCUCCAUGAACCCCAUGGACUCCAUGAUGCGGAUGCAGUAUGAAAAUAAGGACCAUUUUGCAGGAAUGAGGAAGGCUGUAGGUGCAGAGUCAUGUAUGCCAGGUCAGAUGCCUCCUGCUGGUAUGCAAGAUAUUUAUGGCAGAAGUCCCUCCGGUGGUACUUUGGCUGGACUGGGCAUGGGUCAGCGAUCUCAGUAUCCAUAUGGACAAGGAUAUGAUCGCAGGUCAGAUCAUAUGAUGGGGCUGGAUGGAAAUCUGGGUCCCCAUGGGAAUCAGGGCAACAUGAGCCAUGCCAACAGUGAUGGUAGCAUGUGCGCCUCCAACAGAUACCCUAAUCAACAAAGGCAUGAGGGAUAUGGACAACAGUAUCCUGCUAUGCCUUAUACAGUCCAUCCUUCAGGGAUGUACCCCCAACAACAGGGCUACAAGCGACCUCUCGAUGGGAUGUAUAGCCCCCCUGCUAAGAGGCAUGAAGGGGAGGUUUAUGGCAUGCAGUACGGAGGCCCGCAGACUGACAUGUUUGGCCAGUACGGAGGGAAUUACCCAGAGCGCCGGACCAUGCCAGCUCAGUUUCCAUACUCAUACAGCCGAGAUCGACUGCAGAACACCAGCCAGGGGCCUCAGCAUCAUCCUGUCCAGCACAACAUGAUGAGCACUGGGCAUUCUGUGUCUACAGGAGAUGGGCCAACACACAUGUGGCCAACAAGGACAGACAUGCCCUAUCCCUACCCUAACAGACAUGGGACACCAAGUCAAACUCCUCCUUACCCAGGUAUGGGGCGUUUGGAUGACAUGGACGGACUCAGAAUGGACAGUCAUUGGCCUGGGCAUCAGCGCCAAUCUCCUUACAUUUCCACCCACUCUAAUUCUAUGCCCACUAUGAAUUCAAGGCAACCUCCGUCCUCCUACCCAUCUUCAAACCACAUCUCCUGUGAGCCAAUCCCGGGGUCUUAUCAACGCUCUAUAGAAGCACAUAUUCCCCCUAAUAAGAUGGGCUUUUUGCAGUCUAUGAAAAUGCACAAGCCAGUAAUGCCCAUGCCAGGGGGUUCGAGUGGAGGAAUAUCAGGCCAAAUGCCACCCAACAUGAGGAAAGACUAUCCACUGGGGUGUGUGGAAGGGACCCAGCCUCACCUGAAACCUCGGCGUAAACUGAAUUCAAAAGACACUGGAACCCCGGAGGCCUGGCGGGUAAUGAUGUCUCUCAAGUCAGGUUUGCUGGCGGAAAGCACAUGGGCGCUGGACACCAUUAACAUUCUCUUGUAUGAUGACAGCACUGUUGCUUCCUUUAACCUGGCACAGUUGCCUGGAUUUCUUGAGCUCAUCGUUGAGUAUCUGAGAAGAUGUUUGAUUGAGAUCUUUGGAAUCCUGGAGGAAUACGAAUUGGGCAUCAUCAGCGAGAAGAGUCCAGCUGUGGAUGAAAAGGAAAAACACUUGAUUACAUCAGAGAUACCUUGUGAGCCAGAGCCCAGUCAGGAAACCCCUAAAAUGGAGGAUCAAAAUUUAGACGGAGAGGUAGAAAAAAGUCAGGAUGGCAACCAGGAGAAAGAGAUUUUGACGAAGACAGAUGAGGAGGAUGAUCAGAAAGCGAAGGAUAUUAUGGAGCCUGUUGGAGGCCAGUCGUCUGUAGCACGGGAGCCAAGACCCAAACAAGCCAGCAAAUACGAUAAGCUUCCUGUGAAGAUUGUUCCCAAAAACGAAUUAAUCACAGACAUUUCGGAUGAGCUUGGCUACGUACAGAGUUUCACUAGCGGGCUACUUCACUGGAAAGCAGGUGGUGGGGACCUGACAAGUCACAUCCAGACCUGCUUUGAGGGUAGUACUGAGUAUGGGACUAAGACUGUGCCAAACAAGCAAGACGGCAGUGGUUUAAAAUCAGAGGUUGAUAAUUCCAGGGUUGCAACUAUAGAUGACGUGUUGCCACCAAGACUGAGAGCUCUCUCUGAGGAAGAAGACUUGUUAAGCUCCUCGAGUGAUGGCUUGUGUUCCUUUCGACUUUUUGAGAAACAGAAAGGGUUCGUUUUAUUAGAGGAUGAACCAUGUUGUCCCAGUGAGUCUUCUCUGUGCACCACAGCCAGUUGGCAGGAUGCUUUGGCCAGCCGCUGCAUAUGUGUCUCCAACAUAAUUCGCAGUCUGUCCUUCAUACCAGGAAAUGAUACCGAGUUGUCCAAGCACCCAGCUCUGAUUUUGAUACUUGGACGAUUACUUCUGUUGCACCACGAGCACCCAGAAAGAAGGAGAAAUUACCCAAGCUGUGAUAAAGAAGAGAUCCGUGAGGAUAAGGAGGGCUUGUCAGGCAGCCAGGAUGAGUGGUGGUGGGAGUGUCUUGUAGCACUGAGGGAGAACACCUUGGUUACUUUGGCCAACAUUGCUGGUCAGCUGGACCUUUCAGUCUAUCCAGAAAGCAUCUGCCUUCCAGUCCUGGACGGCCUGCUCCACUGGAUGGUGUGUCCUUCAGCUGAAGCCCAGGAUCCAUUUCCAUCAGCAGGUCCGCAUUCCCAGCUCAGCCCCAGACGCCUGGUACUGGAAUGUCUCUCCAAGCUUAGCAUUCAGGACGGCAACGUCGACUUGAUCCUGGCCACGCCGCCUCUCAACCGUCAGGAGAAGUUUUAUGCUAAGCUGGUGAGCCAGGUCAGAGAGCGCAAGCUGCAAGUUUUCCGUGAGAUGGCUGUGGCUGUUCUGUCCAACCUGGCCAGAGGGGAUCCUUCAGCAGCACGUGCCAUCGCCAUUCAGAAAAACAGUGUUGGAAACCUUGUAGGCUUCCUAGAGGAUGGCAUUACCAUGACUCAGUAUCACCAAAAUCCACACAGCUUGUUACACAUGGGUCAUCCUCCCAUGGAGCAGCCCAGCGUGAGCAUGCUGUGCCGAGCUGCCAAAGCACUGCUGGAACUGGCCAAGGUGGAGGAGAACCGCUCUGAGUUUUUACUGUAUGAAAGUAGACUGCUGGAUGUCGCUGUAUCCACCGUGCUUAACUCAAGCAUAGUGGGAAUCGUCUGUGAAGUGCUCUUUUAUCUCGGCAAGUCAUGACAAAAAGCGCGACACCAUUUCAACCAUAUUACACCAAUCACCUGG